GCGUCAAAGCUCCAUUUUGCACCCAGGUGACAGCGUAGAGAACGUAACACACUUGGUGCAGCAAAGUUUCGAAACAAUUUUGUGCUGUGCUGCGGCCUUCGGUCGCAUAUUUUAACACCCAUAUUUCGCUGGUGCGUGUUUUCUAAACCAGCGCUCUCACCGCAUCGUAGUGCAUGAAGAUUGCAAGACACGGUGGCUGCUAACAAAGCAACCAUUGGUGUGCGCGGAUCACAACAACUCCGUCCGAGCGGAGAUUUCACAAGGUCGUCGCGCUGGACGUGUUUUUGUGCGGGCAAGAGGUGGAAAGAGUGAAAAAACUGCGUAGACAAAUAGCGAGCGAGCGAGCGAGGGAAGGUUGCUAAUUCUCCAUCGUUCCCCGAGUAGUGUUGCGGAAGCAGAAGAAACGUCCCUUGCAAGAAGGCCGCCCGGAUUGGAGAGUGGAAAGGGACCGAGCGGGCCAGGUAGGAUUUUGCAUCCGUGCCAGAACGAUGCUGGCACCGCUGCGCGUAGUAGUAGCAGGUUUGUGCUUCAGCAACCGAGCAUCGACCGAACGUCACCGUCGAGCGCAGUAAGGCGCCGUCGGUGGUAACACCCCCGGAACACCCAUUGUCCUGAUCCACCUUCGGUAUCUGAACCGAAGCCAGCCCCCGUUUUCCGUGUUCCGAGGCGUACCAACAGCACGAUGGAAGGUGACAUUUGCCGGGUGUGCCGCUGCGAGGCCCAGUCCGACCGGCCCCUGUUCCAUCCGUGCAUCUGCACCGGCAGCAUCAAGUGGAUCCACCAGGACUGCCUGAUGCAGUGGAUGCGCUACUCGCGCAAGGAGUACUGCGAACUGUGCGGGCACCGCUUCUCCUUCACGCCGAUCUACUCGCCCGACAUGCCGCGCGUCCUGCCGCUCAAGUACGUCGCCAAGGGGCUGCUCAGCUCGGUCGGCAGGGCGGUCAAGUACUGGAUACACUACACGAUCGUGGCCGUCGCCUGGCUCGGGAUCGUGCCGCUGACCGCGUACCGCACCUACCGGUUCCUCUUUUCCGGCUCGAUCGAAAUGGUCCUCUCGCUACCGAUCGACAUGUUCUCGACCGAGAACAUAACGAUGGACGUGUUUAGGGGCUGCUUCGUCGUCACCUGCACACUGUUUACGUUUAUCGGGCUCAUUUGGCUGCGGGAGCAGAUCAUCCACGGUGGCGGGCCGGACUGGCUCGAGCGGGACGAUCCGCAGGUACCGGAGGCGCCCGCCAACGGCAAUGCCAAUGCCAAUGUGCACCCGGCCGAAGUCGUAGUGGACGAUAAUGAUGCUGCAAAUAACAACAACAACAAUGAUGAUAACAACAACGAGGAAGAUAAUAACAACAAUAACAACAACAAUUUUCUCGACAACAAUCUGCACAACAACCGGAACGCGGCGGACGAACCGUUGCUGCACGGGCAGCAGCAGCAGCAGCCAGACCCGGCACACCAGCCGCAGGAAGCGAAUGAAGCUCCUGUUGUACCACCGGAGGCGGAACCGUUGCGCCGUCGGCCAGUACCGCCCCGGGCGGCCAACUUUGGCGAACCGCCCGCCGACAAUGUGCCAAUCGAUCCGGCGGAACCACCGCCACCGCAACCGGCGCUAGCGGACGAACCGCCCGAAGCGGCCAUCAACGAGCCGGGCGACGGUGAGGCAGCGGCCGACGAAGCCAACUGGAACCCGAUGGAGUGGGAGCGGGCCGCCGAAGAGCUGACCUGGGAGCGGCUGCUUGGCCUGGACGGUUCGAUGGUGUUUCUCGAGCACGUGUUUUGGGUCGUUUCGCUCAACACCGCGUUCAUCGUGCUGUUCGCGUUCUGCCCGUACUCGAUCGGCAACUUUCUGAUCACGUUUCUGGGCAUCAAUGCGCCCGGCAAGCAGCUGACGUACUUCCACGGGCUGCUCACCACCAUGCUCGGGUACUGCGUGAUCGGCAUCACGCUGGUGAAGCUGCACGCGAUCGCUCGCUUUCUGCGCUGGCGUCGGCAGCGGCGCAUCCUCGGGCUGUGCUACAUCGUGGUGAAGGUGUCGCUGCUGUCCGUGGUCGAAAUCGGCGUGCUGCCGCUCGUCUGUGGCUGGUGGCUCGAUAUCUGCUCGCUGCCCAUGUUUGACGCCACGCUGAAGGACCGCAAGGCGAGCUUUAAGGUGGCGCCCGGCACGUCCCUGUUCAUCCACUGGAUGUUUGGCAUGGUGUACGUGUACUACUUUGCCACGUUCAUCGUGCUGCUGCGGGAGGUGCUCCGGCCCGGUGUGCUGUGGUUUUUGCGCAACCUAAACGAUCCCGACUUUAGCCCGAUCCAGGAAAUGAUUCACCUUUCGAUUCUGCGCCACACGCGCCGCCUGAUAUCGUCGGCCACCAUCUUCGGGUCGGCGGUGCUGCUGAUGCUUUGGGCACCGAUCCAAAUCCUCAAAACCUUCUGGCCCACAUUCCUGCCCUACACACUGUCCGGUGAUUCGGAGGUGAACGAGCUCAGCUUGCAGUUGCUGUUGCUACAGUUCGUGCUGCCCAGCUUCUUCGAACAGUCGCACACACGGAUUUGGUUGAAGGGUUUGGUGCGCAUCUGGUGCAACGUGGUGUCGCGCAUGCUCGGCAUCAAGAGCUAUCUGCUCGGAGCGGACCCGCAACCGAACGAGGACGAUGCUGCACCGCCACCCCGGCAGCAGCCGGACGCAGGUGCCGGGCUGGCCGCCGCCCAUCAAGCCAUCAUGCAGCGGGACGUACCGGUCGGCUUUCAGCCCUACGAACGGCCCAAGUUCUUCGCCGUGCGUCUGAUCGGUUUGCUGGUGCUGAUGUGCAUCAGCUUGGCGAUCGGUUCGCUGGCCAUACUGACCAUCCCGGUCUGGAUCGGGCGCUACGGUAUGGCGCUGGGGUCGAUAGGUUCGUCCAACAUUGCGCCACCGCCGAGCGCGGUCAGCAGCACGGGCACGGAAACGCCGGCUCGGCCACACGAGCUGUACACCGCCGCCAUCGGGAUGUAUCUGUGCUGGCUAAUUUCGCGUGGCAUCGCGCUGGCCGUGAAUCUGGUGCCGCAGGGUCGGGCUGCCGUCAUUGCACGCAUCAAGCACUGGAUUUCGAUCGGCACGUCGUACGCGCUGGCCAUGUUCGUGUUCGUCCUGAUGCUCGGCGUGAUUCCGCUCAUGUUCGGGCUGCUGCUGGAGCUGGUGGUCGUGAUACCGUUGCGCGUGCCGCCCGAUCAAACGCCGGUCCUGUUCCUCUGGCAGGACUGGGCGCUGGGCGUGCUGUACACGAAAAUUGCCUGCGCCCUCACGCUGAUGGGACCGGACUGGGCGCUGAAGCGCGCGAUCGAGCAGGCGUACCGGGACGGGCUGCGCGACAUCAACCUGAACUUUAUCGUGCGCGAGCUCGGUAUCCCGGUCAUUACCUGCUUCGGGCUGGCGCUGGCCGUCCCGUACGUGAUCGCGCACUCGAUUCUGCCGGUGUUCUUCCCGAACCCGCUCACCCGCACGCUCAUCUCGCGCCAGAUUUAUCCCUUCUUCCUGCUCAUUGCGUUCGUGAUCGGCAUAGUGGUGCUGCAGGUGCGCCAGUUCCGGAAGCUGUACGUAGCGAUCAAGAACGACAAGUAUUUGGUCGGCCAGCGGUUAGUGAACUACGAUCAUCAGCGUAAGAAGAGGCGCCCGUCGGUGGUGGCGACUGAAGCGCAAGAGGCUACCGGGGCGGCGACAGCGGCGGCGGCGGCGGCUGCAGGGGACACCGGAGGUGAUGCGGCCCGGUCGGCCAGCGAUGCCGCAAACCCCCCGUCCUCGGCGAUGGAACCCAACAACGAUGGUAGUACGGCUGAAGCGGCGGCGGCGGCAGCUAGCGACGAACCCGGCAGCACCAGUAGCCGGAUCCGUGUCGCAAUGGAAGCUGUACAGUAGAAGGAGUGAACAAUCAUGCAGUGUGUGUGUAUGUGUGUGUGUAUGGGGCGUGUUACGAUAUUUUUAAUAUGCUACCUUAGUAGAACUACACUAACCCAUUUUCCUCCCAUUUUCCCAAGCCCCCGCUGAUCUGGAACAUUGGCACGCAUCGUAUCCCCGCGCUCUAUUCGUUAAUUUAGAUUGCAAUUCCCGCCAAUACGGCCAACAUUCGAAUAAGCUUUCGUUUUAACAUGCUGCAAAGCGUCAGAAAAAGUCAAAAAGGCCCCUCAUUAUCAUUUGUGAUUAAUUUGUUUUUUCAAACUGACCAAAUUUACCCGGUGCAAUAGUAACAGCAAACACGUACCUUCAUCCUUACAAUGCAAAUGUAAAAUUUCAUUAAAAGACACUUGUUUCACUCGCUGCUUCGUGCUGCGUUGCGGCCUUGGUGGGACACUUUUGUUGGUAGAAAAAAAACACGCAUCUAUUCCCCCCGUAUUUAUCCGAUUUUGUGAUAGUAAACCCCCCCAAGCUCCUCCACCCUACGAUGAUAACCACCACACAGUGUGCUGCUAGCAAUCGUUUAACUAGUUUGUUUUUUCAAUUUUUAAUAGAUUAUUUUAUAGUACAUUGUAGUUAUAGUUUACUCCUUUACUGCUGUAUAGUUGCGCCACAGUUCCCUUGUUUUUUGUUUUUUUUUUCAUUGCGUGUGUUAGGUGGGGUCUCAAAAAAGGGGGAAAUGUUAUUAGGGCUCAGUCUUUCCUUCUCCGUCACACACUCUUUUGCUUCACUGUGGCUGGUAAAUAAGGGGGGGCAGCCUGGAGUGUAGUACCGUGAAGAUCAUCCUCCCCAUCCCCCCUCUUCCGAUGGCCAGUGGAAGGAUUGAACAACGAGAAGCAGCGGACUGAACGAUUAUUCUGUUCUGGGAAGGAAUUGGAAUUGGAGGCAGGAGAAUAAAGAUUCGGUAAGGUUUUGCGGCAGUGCGGCAGAAGCGCCAGUUAAGAAUUUAGCUAAAAUCUGUAAUAUAUCUUCAUGAAAUAAUAAAAAAGAAAUAAAGAAUACUUUAAGCAUUUA